UCACUCCAGUAUCACGGGGCCUUAUCCAGCAUCAUCAUUAUGAUUGAUCAACGGUUUUGCCUGAAAAUAUCGUCGUACGCGCUAUCAAAAUUCCGAGGGAAGCUGUAUGGAAGCAUCUUUCCCGCCGAACUGCCACUUGAUCCCAGUGUACUGUGGGCCGCACCGGAGAUCAUUAGCGGGGCAUCCGUGAAGGUCACGAAAGAAAGCGACAUGUACAGUUUGGGUGUGGUCAUCAGCGAAAUCUUCACCGGACGGGCACCCAUGCAGACCAAUUUUGCGAGUGUCGACAGCGUACAGGAAAACGUUGCCGUGCUACGUAAGGACCCAACCGUUAUCCGCAUCGUGGAUACAUCCAAACUACCGGCGGAACUGCAUCACAUUGUUGAUGCAUGCACUGCCAACAACCACCUUGAACGACCGACAAUGCCGCGCUUUACCGAAAUCUUGAGUCAAGUCAUCCCGUGCAAGAAGAUGAUUGAUCUAAUUCUUCCGCGACUGGAUAUGUACUCCAGUCAUUUAGAGGAUCUGGUGGAGGCUCGUACUCGGCAGUUGGUGGAUGAGCGGAGUAAAGUGGACUCGUUAUUACGGGAAAUGCUACCAGAGUUGGUGGUCAAUAGUUUACGCAACAAACACACUGUGGUGGCGGAAUACUUUGAGUGUGUAACCUUGUCGUUCAGCGAUAUUCCCCAGUUUGGAUCGGUCGUUGUCCAGUGUGCUCCACUGCAGACGAUCGUUCUGCUGAACGCCGUGUACAGCGUCUUCGAUUCGAUUCUCCCCCGAUUCGACGUAUACAAAGUGGAGACCAUCGGCGACUCAUAUCUGGCCGCGGAGAGCAUCCCUUCGCCAAUCGAUCCAACAGAACGGCUGCAACUGCGUGUUGGUAUACAUUCAGGUUACUGUGCAGCCGGUGUUGUUGGAUUAAGAAUGCCCCGAUAUUGCCUGUUCGGGGACACGAUCAAUACGGCUAGUCGAAUGGAAUCUCAAGGCGCCGCUUCAAAAAUCCAUGUGAGCGAGACUACCAAAAACUUGCUGGACCAGAUUGGUGGUUUUGAAUUUGAAUCACGUGGCUCUAUAAUGAUCAAGGGAAAAGGCGAAAUGGUGACCUUUUGGCUACGACAAUAAAUGCAGAUUCGUCGGGGUUGAUAGUAACGAAACAAUCUCUGAGUGAUCGCACUGUAAAAUUUUUUUGCGUGUCUGUUUUGCGUGGUACAAUGGUACUUUUCUGAAAUGUCCUUUAUAGUUUGAAGUCUUUUUGAAUGCGGACCGUAUGACACCUCAAAGCAACUCAUAACGUCUUCGAAGACUUGAGUUUGUUUCUUGGAUAAUACUUGCGGUAUACUAUUUAUUUGGAACUACAGUACGUUCUGGAAUUCAAGAUUAUCGAACUAUCGCUUUGUAUGGGAAC